AUGAAAGGGGUUCCCGACGGAGAAGAAAGACUACGCCGGAUUGCUCUCGUACCCCUUUACACGAUCUACACCGACGACGUACCCGCGGCGCCGGGCAGCAUGUCAGACUCCUUUUUCCUUAUCAUAUUGGAUCCGUCCUCCACCUUCAGACAUACAAGACAAUACAGCCAACAAGACCAAUUCCAGAAAAGUCAUCCGUCAGUGCCAGCAUUGCUGCCGUGGCUGUUGUUAACGACCUCUACCUCAAUCGUGCGCGACUGA